AGCGCCGAGCGGGGCCCGGCGGAGCCGCCCCAGCCCCGGCUGCUGUCCCUGUCCCUGUCCCUGUCCCUGUCCUGUCCCUGUCCCUGUCCCUGUUCCUGUUCCUGCCCGGCCCCUGCGCUGCCCGCGGCCGCCGCAGCCGAUAUGGUCCUGAACAUCGCGAGCACGUGACUUUGAAGAUGGACAACUGGAUCUGUCAUAAGUUGUGAUUGGCCUUAAGUUGACUUAUACCCGUUGAAGAACUCUCCCGUUCCUGAUUUUUACCUGUCUGAUUGCCUCACACCACCAGCUUAAUCAUGUAUGGAAGUGCUCGGUCCGUGGGGAAGGUUGAGCCCAGCAACCAGAGCCCAGGGCGUUCACCGAGGCUGCCACGGUCGCCACGCCUGGGCCACCGUCGAACCAACAGCACGGGAGGCAGCUCUGGGAGUAGUACUGGGGGUGGCAGUGGGAAAACCCUUUCUAUGGAAAACAUCCAGUCCUUAAAUGCUGCCUAUGCCACGUCCGGCCCUAUGUACCUAAGUGACCACGAGAACGUGGGUGCAGACACCCCGAAGAGCACCAUGACGUUGGGCCGGUCGGGGGGGCGGCUGCCUUACGGUGUUAGGAUGACUGCGAUGGGCAGCAGCCCUAACAUUGCCAGUAGUGGAGUUGCCAGCGAUACCAUUGCGUUCGGGGAGCACCAUCUCCCUCCGGUGAGCAUGGCAUCCACUGUGCCUCACUCGCUGCGCCAGGCCAGGGAUAACACCAUCAUGGAUCUGCAGACACAACUCAAAGAAGUGCUGAGGGAAAACGAUCUGCUCCGCAAGGAUGUGGAGGUGAAAGAAAGCAAGCUGAGUUCUUCCAUGAAUAGCAUCAAGACCUUCUGGAGCCCUGAGCUAAAAAAGGAGAGAGCUCUGAGGAAAGAUGAAGCGUCAAAAAUCACCAUUUGGAAGGAACAAUAUAGAGUUUUGCAAGAAGAAAACCAGCAUAUGCAGAUGACUAUCCAGGCUCUCCAAGAUGAGCUUCGGAUCCAGCGAGACCUGAACCAGCUGUUCCAGCAGGACAGCAGCACCAGAACCAGCGAGCCCUUCGUGGCAGAGCUGACAGAGGAAAACUUCCAGCGACUCCACGCAGAGCACGAGCGCCAGGCCAAGGAGCUCUUCCUGCUACGUAAAACCCUGGAGGAGAUGGAACUGCGUAUUGAGACACAGAAACAGACCUUAAAUGCGCGUGACGAGUCCAUCAAAAAGCUGCUGGAGAUGCUGCAGAGUAAAGGUCUGUCAGCAAAAGCCACCGAGGAGGAUCAUGAGCGAACAAGGCGGUUGGCUGAGGCGGAGAUGCACGUGCACCACUUGGAAAGCCUUCUUGAACAGAAGGAAAAAGAAAACAACAUGCUGAGAGAGGAGAUCCAUCGUCGAUUUGAAAACGCUCCUGACACAGCCAAGACAAAGGCUCUUCAAACUGUUAUUGAGAUGAAGGAUUCGAAAAUUUCUUCCAUGGAGCGGGGCCUCCGGGAUUUGGAAGAGGAGAUUCAGAUGCUGAAGUCAAAUGGGGCUCUGAGCACAGAGGAACGUGAAGAGGAAAUGAAGCAGAUGGAGGUGUACCGUAGUCAUUCCAAAUUCAUGAAAAAUAAGGUAGAGCAACUGAAGGAAGAGCUAAGUGCCAAAGAGGCUCAAGGGGAGGACCUGAAAAAAAGAGUGGCUGGUCUCCAGACCGAGAUUGGUCAGGUGAAACAGGAGCUGUCACGCAAAGACACCGAGUUGCUGGCCUUGCAGACGAAGCUGGAGACCCUCACAAAUCAGUUCUCUGACAGCAAGCAGCAUAUCGAAGUUCUGAAAGAGUCUCUUACAGCUAAAGAGCAAAGGGCUGCCAUCCUGCAGACAGAGGUGGAUGCAUUACGAUUACGUCUGGAAGAGAAGGAGACUAUGCUAAAUAAGAAGACAAAGCAGAUUCAGGAGAUGGCAGAGGAGAAGGGGACUCAAGCAGGAGAGAUCCAUGACCUCAAGGACAUGUUAGAGGUGAAGGAACGCAAAGUUAACGUUCUUCAGAAGAAGAUCGAAAACCUUCAAGAGCAGCUGAGAGACAAGGAGAAGCAGAUGAGCAGCCUAAAGGACCGCGUGAAAUCCUUGCAGGCCGACACCACAAACACUGACACUGCCUUGACCACGCUGGAAGAGGCGCUCGCGGAAAAGGAAAAGACCAUUGAGCGCUUAAAGGAGCAGCGUGACAGAGAUGAACGAGAAAAACAGGAAGAGAUCGACAACUACAAGAAAGACAUUAAGGACCUGAAAGAGAAAGUCAGCAUUUUACAAGGAGAUCUCACAGAGAAAGAGACAUCGCUGCUGGAUCUGAAGGAACAUGCUUCAUCGUUAGCUUCAUCAGGACUGAAGAAAGAUUCGAGACUGAAAACACUAGAAAUUGCAUUAGAACAGAAAAAGGAAGAAUGUUUGAAGAUGGAAACUCAAUUGAAGAAGCACCCUGAAGUUUUAUUGAGUCAUCCAUCCAAGCUAGCUCAUGAGGCAACACUGGAGGCGAGGGCCAGCCCAGAGCUGAGCGAUCGAAUGCAGCAGCUGGAGCGAGAGGUAACGCGGUAUCGGGAGGAGUCUGGCAAGGCUCAAGCCGAGGUGGAUCGUCUUCUGGAAAUCUUGAAAGAGAUGGAAAACGAGAAGAACGAUAAGGAUAAGAAGAUAGCAGAACUGGAGAGAAAGCACGCCUCCCGCAAACUGCACCCUCCCUACCAGGUGUCGGUCCCCGCACCGCAACACGUAGGGGGGUUUGUGUGGGACUUCCUGGGAAACCUCACCUCAAGGCAAGUUAAAGAUCAAAAUAAGAAAGUAGCAAAUCUGAAGCACAAAGAACAAGUGGAGAAAAAGAAGAGUGCACAGAUGCUGGAGGAGGCCAGGAGACGAGAGGAUAAUCUUAAUGACAGCUCCCAGCAGCUUCAGGACAAUCUGCGUAAAAAGGAUGAUCGGAUUGAAGAAUUGGAAGAGGCACUCAGAGAAAGUGUUCAGAUAACUGCAGAGCGGGAAAUGGUGCUAGCACAAGAGGAGUCAGCCAGGAUCAAUGCUGAGAAACAGGUAGAAGAGCUGAUGAUGGCCAUGGAGAAGGUUAAGCAGGAGCUGGAGUCAAUGAAAGCAAAAUUGUCCUCUACACAACAGUCUUUGGCUGAGAAGGAAACCCAUUUGACCAACCUACGAGCUGAAAGAAGGAAACAUUUGGAAGAAGUCCUGGAAAUGAAACAAGAAGCCCUUCUUGCUGCCAUUAGUGAAAAAGAUGCCAAUAUUGCUCUGCUAGAGCUUUCAUCCUCUAAGAAGAAGACCCAAGAUGAAGUGGCUGCACUGAAACGAGAGAAAGACCGUCUUGUGCAACAGCUCAAGCAGCAGACUCAGAACCGUAUGAAGCUGAUGGCUGACAACUAUGAGGAUGACCACCUCAAAUCCUCAUCCCAUUCCAACCAAACCAACCACAAGCCCUCCCCUGACCAGAUAAUUCAGCCCCUCUUAGAACUUGAUCAGAAUCGCAGCAAGUUGAAGUUGUACAUUGGACAUCUGAUAGCCCUGUGCCAUGACCGUGACCCCCUGAUUCUGCGUGGACUCACCCCGCCUGCUUCCUACCACCUGGAUGAUGACCAGGCAGCUUGGGAGAAAGAGCUGCAGAAGAUGACCCAGGAGCAGCUUCAUGAUGAGCUGGAAAAGGGGGAGAAGGAGAGCGCGGAGCUGCAGGAGUUUGCCAAUGCCAUCCUACAGCAGAUAGCGGAUCACUGCCCUGACAUCCUGGAGCAAGUCGUCAACACGCUCGAGGAGUCGUCAUGACCUCGGCCACCAGCCCCACUGGAGCAGCACACCAGUGGCCAAGCCCAGUCAGUCCAAGGAGCCGUAAGAGCGGAGAGCAACGUGAAAGACAGAAAGCGGAACUGAAACUUCUGGUGCACCUUUUACAAAGAAAACAAAAGCAAAAAGAAAAAGAAAAAAAAAAACUCGAAAAAACUACAUGCUCUCUAGGUUCUUCCAGCCCGUGAUUAAUCAGUCAUUUCUGCAUUCAUCUUCUCGCUGCCUUUCUGCUUUUGAAUCCGAUUCCCCAUUGACUUUGUUGGUGGUGACUUUGGGAUAAAGCUGAGCAGAGCUCUUCCAAGUCUACUGAGCAAAGCAGAGGGGAUCCACUGGACACAAGCAGCUCUAGUUCUCCAUGAGGUUGCAGAAGGGUAGCCCUUGCCUUUCAUUCUUAUGUUGCUUUUUUUCAUUCUUCCUUUUUUUUUGUUUUAUUUUCAUAAAAGCUGAAAGCCUGAAUUUCAUAGUGCUAAAAACCAAACCUGAGCAUGCUCUGAUUAUGGCUCAUGACUGGCCAGCACCAGGUAGCUAGCUCGGGUCUCACUGCCUGUCUCAGUGUUCCUUAUGUUCUUAAAUAACAGAGAGAGGAAAGGAAAGUUUCCCUACUUGUUCCUGUUAGUCACUUCAUCUAGCAGCUGGGAAACAAGGUAGGCAUAGUGGUACUUUCUGUUUACUUAACUUGGAUUUUUAUUGUUCACUGGUCUGACUCUGACGUGCCAGGUGGGGCAUUUGUUAAGGUAACUGUUUUCAUCUGUUGAUUUUUGGGGGGGAUUUAGAUGAUGUUUUCUCAUCAUAGGUCUGUAUCUCCUAAGUUCUUAUUUUAUAGAGAGCUCUCUCCCUUCAAGCAGGUGUGGUCAACAGAUCAGCUCCCAGCUUCAACUUGUAUAGUUUGUCCACUGCCAAUUUUUCAGGUCAUAACUUUGUGAACAUUAGCUGUCAUCAGAAUAGUCUUAGGUUUUGUAAAUGAGCAAAUUGCCUCAUUCAGCUUAAAAGUAUAAUUUUAAAGCUAAGUUAGGUAAAUCAGUAACAUAGUUCUUACUAUAAUUAUAAUUUAAUUUAUUUUGGUUUAGCUUAGGUUGACAAGGAAUGAGUUUGAGUUCAGAGCAAUAACCCAUUCUUAUGAAGAGGAUCAUCUCUGCUGGAGUUGGCACCCAGCUGAGUACAUAGGUGUAAAAUCACAGCUUUACUUAAACCAGUGCAAUUCUUAUAUGUAUAUGAGAGGCCUUAGUCUUAUUCCCACCCAUCUUUGACACUCAAUAAGCCCCUGCUGAUAGGUAAUAUGACCUGAAAUACCAGGUCAGUUUGUCAUUGUGGUAGCAAGUCAGAAUCCUAUUUUGUGAGUAGGACUUGUUCAUUCUUGGACUAUGCAUUAAUGGGGAGACGUGUUUUUUCCUGGCUACCAGUGGUUAUGUGUGUCUGGGGGCAUCUGCAGGACAGAACCCUUUAACACGUCCCCAUGUGCUCCUUAAAGGAGUUGUUCCCCUUUGCCUGUCUCAUGUUACUUAAGAGAACAAGGGGAGGGUGAAAGGAGACCAAAUAUCAACACAGCGGUGGAAGAAAUCUUGGGUUUCUAGUCACUAGCUAAUUAUGAACCCUCUCAGUAAACCUCCCAUUCAGAGCCUGCAGUUUAAUUCCAUAUGACUUACUACAUUUUGAGCUUAAUCACUAAACUGUUACGCUAAGGAAAAUGUUCCAGGCCCUUUCAGGAAGACUACAAUUCUUAUGUCUUUCAAAUGCACAGCACAGCUCCCCUGUAGGUCUUUCACACUUUAUCUUUAGAAGUGACCGAUAGCUUCCAAUAGAAAGGAGAUCAGCAAAAGUUUGAGUAAGGGGAGAUGUACCCUGUAUUUUUUUCAAAACAAGGACUGAAAAUUGGGCAAAACUGAAACUCUAUAUACCUGUAGACUCUAUUGAAAAAUAACUGAUUUAAAAGAAAUCAUAUCCCAAUUGAUUCUACUGUAAUGAUUCAGCAGAAGGAACUGGAUCCAUAGCCGUGGUGUAUACUAGGAAGAAAUAUGUAAGUCUCCAAAGAAGGAGUGAUUGAUUCACACCUCUUCCAUAUUUUGAACUGCCAGUGCUUUGCAAAUCAGCCUGUGUCUGAAGCUUUUUAUUUUUUUGUUGUGGCUGAGGAGAGUAAUGGGAACCUGGAAGUGUGGACAGGGGGGAACACCGGAAGGCGUGCAGACAAUGACUGUACGUACCGCUGAGCUGUGCCUCAUCCCAGAUCCACCCCUUUGGUCCCAUUCUUUGAGUCAGCACGUUUCGGGUAGGAGCUGUUGUUUUGAAAUCUUUCCUCUUGCUUUUUCUUCAUCACCCCUAAUUACUCACUCAAGGAAUUUAAUGCCGCCUGUAAAAGCAUCAGAGCCAUCAGCCAAACAUCAUCGGGCCACCGCCACCCCUCCUGACUAUCUCAUUAACUUAUAUGGUCAAAUCUCCAGCUGCCCUGGUUCCCUGCUGUAAAACAAUCCUUCCUCUGUGAGAAGCUGUGGAAUUUCUCUUAUCGAUGGUUCAAAUGACUCCUGCUUGUAAACCUCUUACUGAGAUGUUCCUUGAUAACGUUCCUGCUGCAGGCAGGGACAGGGGGAGGGGAUGGGAAUGAGGGGCGGUCACUUCAGGCUGUUAUUUCAAUUCCCUUGCUUUACUGCAGUGCCCACACAUCACAGGGAAGUGCUGGUUCUUCUGCAUCUCUAACUCAAGUUUGUGGCUGCGUUUCUAUAGCUCAGAGUGCCCCAGUCAAAGGCACGGUGCUGUCAGGGCAGUGUGGGCAGGAUCCGUGUGUCGGCAGCCAGGUAAAGCUCACUGUUUACACAUCUCCAGGCCUCUUCCCGGAGAGGAUUUGUGAAGCCUGGCUGGUUUUCAUGCUGGCCAUUUGGUCCUUUAUCUCCCAGCCACACACCUGCUGUUCCUCCCAUCUGGAUUGUUGGGCCUUUGUGAUUUUUCUCGUUAACUGCUGUUAUCUUCUAGAUCUUCUGGGCUUCCCAUCUUAAACAUUGAUCUUAGACCUCUACAAAGUGCUUUCAGGGAGAGAGCAGAUCUCAUUUAGGAACAGACUUGAUCCGACUUGAUCUCCACUGAACCAUUUCAGGUAAUCUCUCUGAUCCUGUGUCGACAGAGAUCUUGAGGUGAAUAGCUUGAGGAACUCUGGGAUUUGGGAGGUGCUGCUGGCCACGAUUUAAUGCUGAACGUGGCCACUGCAAGCUUUUUCCUUUCACUCGUAUGGAGUGCUGCACCGUUGGCCUUAGGGCAACAAAGGGAUUUUAUUAUCAUAACCCAUCGUGGGAUUGCGUGUCAGGCACGUGGCAGAAUGGCCACGUGUGUGCAUACACUGCAGUGCUCAUCCAGUUGCCUAACCCACCACUGCUCUUCUAAGGCCUAAUACCCAAGUGUCAGCAGCCAGGCAGAUGCAGACAGUUUUCCAACACAGCAGUCCUGCAGUGCAGCAGCUCUGGGAAAUCAGGGACCCUUCCCAGGGGCCCUUGGGAAACUUGCUUUUUCUUCUCCUGUUGAAUGAAGUUCCGUUUUCUAUGGGAGCUGAGAAAGUUUUAAUUGCUUUACUAUUACUUUUAUUCCUUCCAAUCUGUCAUUUGUAGAGAAACUGAGAGAUGUAAGGACACAAGGAGCUGUCUGUAGAAAAAUUAAAUAGGUCAUUUUAGCAGGGUUUGGGCUAAAAAAUAACUGAAGCCUGAAGCCCACAGUAAAGUGUAAAAGCUGACACCACUACCAUGCUUGUUCAUGAUAUCCAUAAGCCCAAGUCCAUAUUUGCCUCUGAAUCCAGCCUCAUGUAAAACACUAAAAGGACAUUACAACACUAGAAUUGCAGGGUGAGGACAUGAGCACUGCUUGCAAUUGGAAGAAGAAUUGCCUGGCGUGCUCCCAGACGAAGCUCUAAGCUUCUAGUAUUCUCUCUCAUUUUGACUGCCUUUAACCAGCUUUCCCUCCAUAAAAUGCCAAACCCUCUUUGGAGUAUCCAGUUUUUGCCAAGUCCUGGGGACAGAAGGUAGAAGGCCGACGUGAUGCACGAAGCUGCGUGUGCCAUUUCUGGUUGCACUGCAUUUCUGGCUGGAAUAUCCCUUCUCUAGCAAAUCUUCUGGUACUUUGGGGCUCUCAGGAAUUUGCACAAGGGAGCAUAAAUGUCAUAAAUCUUGUAGGCAUAACCUUGGCUUUUUGAACCAAAGGGGCAUCUCUUUUCAUUUGCCCUGUAAUUCCCACCCAUUCUGCUGCUAGUGCUCAAUUUGUUGGGAGAUUUCUACAUCUGAUAAAGGUUGACAGGGUUGAGUCCCCACUCCUGUACUAAUUGCCAAUCGUUGCCACUGAAGGGGUCUUCGCAAAGGACCAGAGUCACGCACUGAUACCAUUUUAAAGCAGAAGUUUCACUACGUAAGUAACACAAAUACCCCUCAAGUGACUCCAGUGAAAUGCAAAAGGGAAAUAGUACAAUCAAGGCAUCUGAUUUUUAAAGGAAGCCUCCACUCAUCUCGACGUCGGCACUGGAAGAGGGAACCGGAGAGGACGCGGAAGGCUGCGGAUAACCAACACUGCCCCAGCGAAGCCGGCAGGGUGGGAGGGUCGGGCACGGGGCAUCGCGCCUGGCAAGGCCAACUCUGCUGACCCCUCUCAUCAGCGUGGUGAGGAAAAGGAGAGGGUCAGGGGGGGUUUUUAGACAAAAUAAUGUUUUUAAUUGUUUUUUCCACAUGAAUGGAAGGAACCUUACGCAACAGCAGAUCCUUCUGAACAAAAUGGCUGCGUCCGCUGACUAUUUUUAAAAAAGAAAAAAGAAAAAAAAAGAAAAAGGAAAAACUGUUUCAAAAGUUUUUAGUGUCAAAGCAUAAACACAGAAAUCCUGACUUUUUUCCAGUGUGUGUGGUGAGUGCUGUAACCCUGUCAUCAGUAUCUCUCCUGGCUUUUUCAGGGGUGUUUUCUUCCUGUUUUGUUUUCUGCUUGUCGAUAUUGUCUGUGUGGUCCUAAGGCUGGGGCAGUUACCAACAAUGUGUGUCUGUUGUCGGAUUGAAAAAAAAAAAAAAAAAAAGAUAGUAGUAGAACUGAAAAAGAUGUGUUUUAAACAAAUAUAUAAAAAUAAAUUUCAUUAAAAGGAAUUCAAGUAAAGAAGCAACAAAGCCAUGACUCCUCCUCUCAGGAUUGUACGGAAAAGGAUUUUGUGGGCUUAUAAUUAUAACCAGUUGCCUUUCACAGGCUUUUGGGGUCCAAGGCUUCUUGGCCUCUUAGGAAAUGUUACAACCCCUGUAUAAAUUCCUGCUUUCCCAGGUCUGUACUGUACACGUGUAAGACAGAAAUGGGCAGAAUGAAACAGUAUUUUGGAAAUCAAUCUUUUCUGGUAACAGUUACCAACACCAGGUGUCCCUUAAGAUAAGAACUGCUGAUGUAAAUGGGCCAAAUGCUUUGGCCAAGUUUUCCUUUUUCUCCGUUGCACCCACUGAUACCAGGGACACGAGCAAGUGCAGAUCAGCUGGGGCAGGUAGUUCUGGGUAGAUCGAUUAUCAAAGUUGUAUUUCUCUGUGUCCAGUGUUGGUCACGUACCUGCAGCAGGUUAUGGGGCAGGAAGGGACCUUCUGCUCUGGCUGCAUCAAAGACUUGUGUUGCUUAAAAGGAGGUUAAGUGAGCUUAAACUGACAUGUAACGUAAACAAAAAAGUCACUUUAACUAUGAGACUGGGUAAAGAAUUUCAUUAAGUGAAUGUAUUUUUAAUAUCAAACUUACCAUGUGCUGUUUUUGCACUUUUAGUUUAGAUCUUGAAAAUCAAGUCAAUUGGUUUUGCUUUUAAGUAGAUAUCCAUGCUUUAGGUUCCUGGUGCUUUGGUGGGUUUUUUUUUGUUCAAAAUGUUCUUUUUUUCAUUUGGAAGCUGGCAAAAGAUGGAUGUACUCAAAACCAAAUUUGAAGCCAGAUUUUAUGAGUAGACGUUGUUCCUUUGAUCUGUCCCAUCUUCCCAGCUCUCCAUGGACAAGGCCAAGCCCUCCCUGCCUGCCCAGGGUGGCUGUGUUUGGCCCCUACUUACACACACGUUACAGUAUAUCUGGGGAGGCUUUAGUGUAAGAUGCCUUCAUUUGUUCAGAUGCUGAAGGAGGAUGAAUCCAACGGGACCAUGACCAGGGGAAUAAUUUCUGUGCUAGCCCAACAUGCUGCUCCAAGCCCACUAAAAGAGUAAAUUACCGUUUCCUUCCAGGUCAGUAAAUGAGGAGAGCCGCACACCGGGUUCACAGAUCGUCUGUGGAGUUAAAAAAAAAAUUCUGUGGGAUGCUCCAUCCACUCCACAGACAUGGAUCCCUCAUUUGCUUUGGAAGAGACGUGUUGCACUUUAGUGGAGGGGGAGACAGGCUUUGGGAAUGGGAUCUAGGAUACUUGAAUUCCUUUUUGAAAUAACAGCAGCGGGAGACAUUGAUGUCCGUGAUGCAAGUGCGCACGCUGCCUUCAACUUGUAUGUGUUUUAUUGCUGGAGUCAUGUUACUGACAGGAUAAUGAAAUUGCAAAGAAAAUGUGUUAUAUUCAACUUUGCCUUGAUAAUAUAAACACUUUGUUCAUUUUUUUUUUCUUCUUUUUUUAUUCACAGACUAAGUUCAUCAGGAAAUUAUAAAAUUAUUUAAAAA